AAACAAGGCCCUUUCUUUUUCUUAUUUUCCGGCAUGUUUACGUUUUUUUUUUCUAAUAAAAGUAGAAAUGGGAGAGUAGAGUGAGAGAACUCAGAAGCAGAUCUGAAUCUUGCCGGGGUCCCUACUCUCUGCGUGGUUUUAGACUGUCAUCACUCAUUUUCUCGCUCUAAAUUUCUGCUUUUUUUUUUUCUUGUAAACAAUAGUUUUCAAAAAUACAGUUUUUAGGGUAUCUGCCAUUGGAGGUGGUCUUCUCUUAAAAAAAAAAAAAACAAAAAAAAUCUAAUCUUUGGUCAGUCAGGGCUCAGGACCUCAGGUGGGCGUUUAAGACUAUAGUCUCCCAGAUUUGAUCCGUGAUUUCUUCUGGAUCACGGGGCUGUUCUUUGAUUUAUUUUCUCCCACCAGUUUAACUUUAGUCACUUUUCCUCCUUUUUCUUUCUCUCUUGCGAUCCAGACUCCAGAGUGGCCUUUGCUCGCUGAUCAUUGCCCUUUUGACGACUUCUGCUUUGGGCUGAGGGGGAGAGAAGGAGAAUGAGGGGGCUUAAGAUUUGAGAGAGCUUUGGAGAACAUGGUUAGAAGAAGAUCAGAAAGCAAGGGUGUUUGGAUUUCUGGGCAUGGGAGAUUAUAACUCUAUGAUGCCCGCUAUGAUGACGAUAGCCUUCCUCUUCUUUCACUCAUCCCUUUUGACUGUAUCCAGUACUCCCACAUCACACCGCACGAAGAAGCCAAAAGCACAAGAAAAGGAAAACGCUUCUUAUUACCCCCUUCCUUCCCCUUUUCACUACUAGCCUUCUCAAUCUCCUUCGCCUCCCACUCUUCUUCCUAACUUGCACGAAGGUGACAUUUGGCAUUUCAAAUUUCUUCUUAAAACAAUGCCGCAGUUCCAACAACAACCUUCCUGGACCGUCGAUGGCGGCGGGCUGGUUUUAGAUCUGGAAACAGCUGUCAAGGAUGGCAUCUUGGGAGGCACUGCGGCUGGUGGCGGAGCGCUUUCUGGUGCGAAGCUGGAUCUGAAGAAAAUGAUAGAAGAACUUGAACCCGCAGGUGCCGAUGACAUUCCCUCUGUUUUCAUCUGUCCCAUUUCUCUCGAUCCAAUGCUCGAUCCGGUCACGCUCUGCACCGGCCAAACGUAUGAGCGCUCCAACAUCCAGAAAUGGCUUUCAAUGGGUCACCGGACUUGUCCCACCACUAUGCAAGAGCUUUGGGAAGAUGCCGUCACCCCAAACCGAACUCUUCACCAUCUCAUCCACACUUGGUUCUCCCAGCGUUAUCUGCGUAUGAAGAAGCGUUCUGAGGAUGUCGGAGGCCAAGCGGCGGAGCUCCUAAUCUCCCUGCGCAGGGUCAAAGGCCAAGCUCGCAUUCAAAAUCUCAAAGAACUCGGAAAGCUCGUAGCUUUACAGUCAACUGCAGCAAGAAAAGCCGUCGUCGAAGCUGGCGGCGUUCAUCUGCUCUCUUCUCUCCUCGGCCCAUUCACCUCUUAUGCCGUCGGAUCCGAGGUCAUCGCCAUUCUCGUCAACCUUCAGCUUGAUUCUGACGCGAGGAGUAACCUGAUGCAGCCUGCUAAAAUCUCCCUCGUCGUUGACAUGCUCAACGAGGGAACCGUCGAUACCAAGAUCAAUUGCGCCAGAUUAGUUGAACUUUUGAUGGAAGAUCGAAACUUCCGUUCAGAAAUCCUCUCAAGCUUGAGUCUUUUGGUCGGAUUGUUGAGGCUUGUGAAAGAUAAGCGACACUCAAAUGGGGUCGCCACCGGUCUCGGGCUCUUGAAGACGAUCUGCAACCAUAAGCAGCAAGUUAGGGGCCUUAUGGUGAGCGUCGGUGCGGUGGCUCAGCUUGUGGAGCUCUUACCUCAUUUGAGUUCUGAAUGUUUGGAAGUAGCUCUUCAAAUACUAGAUGAGCUUUCUUCACUUCCUGAAGGCCGAGCAUCGUUGAAGGAUUGUUCUCAGACAAUUCCCAACUUGGUGAAACUUCUGAUGAGGGUUUCUGAAGCUUGUACUCAGUAUGCUCUUUCCAUACUUUGGUCUGUUUGCAAGCUUGCACCAGAUGAAUGCGCCUCACUUGCCGUAGAAGCCGGCUUAGCGGCAAAGCUUCUGCUUGUUAUCCAAAGCGGCUGCAGCCCUUCUUUGAAGCAGAGAUCGGCUGAGCUGUUGAAGCUCUGUAGUUUGAAUUAUACAGCUACACUCUUCAUCUCUAAAUGCAAACUUACGAGGACAAUUCAGUGAGUGGCAGAGUAAUAUAUAUUUCUAUAUAUAUAUCUGUUUUGUUGAUGUUCAUUUGAAGAUGAUUUCAAUUAGCAAAAGCAGCUGUAAAUUAUAAGGAGGUAAAUAAUACUGCUGUGUUUGCUCUGCUUUCUUCUGAGGAAGAAUUAAUAUGUGUACUUUGCUAAGAGGUAGAAAAAGCCUGCUUCCUCCUCAAUAAGUUGCUGAGGCAAAGAGAUUAAGUAGCUGUUUUUCUCAUAUGUUGGAAAAGGUUUUCUCUUUUCAUUACGAAAUAUCUAUGUGCUUAUUUAUUGGGAUGGUUCAGCAUUUCUGCUGGAAAUUGUAUACAGUUUUUUGUUGUAAUUGAUUCCUCUGAUAAUUCUAUAGUUAUAUUUUAUAUGAAUCAUAUGUUGUCAUA